AUGAGCACUUGCGCACGUCGCUGCGCGGUGAUCGUGGAGGCCACCGGGAAGGCCUCCGUUGAGAAGACUUAUCGCGUGUCCCUGCGGAAUCGCGCAAGGAACAAGGCGCGCAAGUCCGCCAUCGCUACGAGGAUGAAGAAGGUAUUCACUGCGCUUGAAAGCAGCAAAGAGAGCGCGAAGACCGAGGCAGACAUCAAGGAUGUGGAGGUGCUCAUCUCCGAAGCCUUCUCUGAGAUCGACAAGGCUGUUGUGAAGGGCGCGCUGCACAAGAGCACGGCAGCGCGGAGGAAGGCCAGGCUGUCCGCGGCCAAGAACAAGUUCCUCGCUGCCGCCGGGGCAGCAUGA